UCAAAAAUGUAGCAAGACAAAAUUAAACCUUAGGGGCGCUCCCCUUUUCGGCACAAAAUGGGUGAUGAAAAAUUACACUUUGGCCUCGCACCGCUGCGCUCUGUGUACCGCUGCUCGACCAACAUAUUGGACCUCAAUCUGGACACCAUGAUGCGGGUCUACGACUAUCUGGCGGAGCUAACGGAUCAGGUGCGUCUGGCCUGUACGGCGCCCAAGUUCCGAGAGGCAUACAAGAUUUGGGCACGCACACACCGGCACACACUCAACGUGGAGGAUCUGGAGACGAUGCGACUGCCGGAGAUGAUAAAUUUCUUUACGCUGGCGGGGCCGUUCAUCAAGGUGCUGCUGGUGGACUGUGCCUGGCACGACAAGGAGUCGCUGCUGGUGGAAUUUAUAGCGGAAUAUUGCAAGAACCUCGAGGAGAUUUACUAUACAAGUGUCACCGAUGACUUUCACUAUGGCGCGAUCAUGUCAAGGAUGCGUCACCUGAAGCGCAUCACCAUCGAUUGUGAGGAUGCGGAGGAUGUGCUGAGCUUUGACUUGCAGGCCAAUCGGGGACUGGAGUACUUUGAAUUGGUUAAUGGGUGUUAUACGGGCAAACAUCUCUGCGGCUUUCCCAAACUUCAAACUCUGGUACUGCGCGACUGUUUGCUUUGGAACUCGGGAGAGUUUGGCAUUCCCCUGAAGUCCUUGCGCAUCCUCAACCUCGAUGACUGCUGCUUUGAGGUGAUGAAUGAGAGUUUGUACCAAAAGAUAGCCGACUGUUGUGUGGACCUGGAGGAGCUGCACUUCUCCGGCUGCGACUCACACUUUGAGGUGAUUGCGCAGCUGCCAAAGCUCAAGCGCUGCACACUCAAGACCUGGGUGACCUCCAAUGAGCUGAACAUUGGCUUCCUCAACACACUGGCCGAGCAGCGGGGCAACAGGCUCACCCAUUUGCAUUUGUCCGGACAGUUUGAGAUCACCAAUGAACAUGCCCGCGCUCUGGGGCUGUUGCACUCCCUCGAGGAGCUGCGCUGGAGCAACAAUGACAAUCUGGAGGAUGAUCAUUUCAAGUUCUUCAAUGAUUUGGGUCUGCUGGAGUGCUUUGGCCUGUGCUCCUGCGGUCGUGUCACGGAUAUUGGACUUAUGAGACUGUUACGAAAAUGCGCACAACUACGGCUAAUGGAUCUCAAGGAAUGCGAUCAGAUCACAAAUGGGUUUGUCCUCAAUGCCAUUGGUUGUCUGGCCAAACCCACGCCGUGUCGCCAUUUGGUCAUCAAUGUGCUGGGCACCAAGAUCAAGGAGGGACUCCUAACAAGCAUGGCAUAUCUGGCGCCCUUGAACAAUGUAAAGCUGAACUUUAUUCGUGCUUAACAAUGGCAUCCACUGGGACAAUGGAAUCCACUCUGCGCUUAGUCAUGCAGCACAAGGAAGUGGAAGCUGUCCGGCAAUAUUUAUGAUCCACCAGAGAGAAUGCUCCAUUAGCAUUGGCAUAAUUGCUGGGACAAGCGUGUAGAGCACACACUUGGGCACUUUUAAUAA